AUGAGCUACUCGUACUACUCGGCCUCGGACGAGUCUGUCGAUGACCUCCAUCUUCGCAAGCUGCAGGAGGAGCACGCUCUGCUGGUUCAGAGGCGUGAGGCGAGACUGGCGGCCGAUGGGAGAACAGGCGGCGGCAGCGGCGGCGGCGGUCAGAGCAAGAGCAAGAGCAAGAGCAAGAGCAAGACCGGAAGCGAGGAAGGUCAGGCGGUCGGGGGUCAGGGCACGACGGCGGGCACGCCUUCGAGCCUCCUUUCCAAGCACCGCAAGCUGAUGGAGGAGCAUGUCAAGCUGCAGGCGCGACAGUCGCUGAGACGGUCGCAGCUGCUGCGGAAGCGGGCCAAGUCGCAGUACAUGACCGAGCUCUUCGACCGUGCGACGGCCAAGUGUCUGACGCCCAAGGCGGCACCGCUGGAGCGGCUCGCGCCGUCGCAGCUGAAGCGCGUACUCUCGACCUCGCCGGCCUCGCCACUGGUCUCGACCGACUCGGAGCGGCUGCUUGCGCUGAUGGACGAAACGCCGCGCGGGAGCACGGCAAGCGGGAGGAGCGGGAGCGGGAGUGGCGGGCAGUCCGACUCGUACGUCUCGUCCGAAUCGACGACCGACGGCGGCGAGGCGCGUGCGCCUGUGCCGGACCUCGGCUUUGCGUUCUCGGCCUCGCUCUCCAACACCCGGUACACGCUGGAGCGGGUGAUCGGCGAGGGUGCGUUUGCGCGGGUCCUCUGCGCCCGCGGCUCAGACCCGCAGCGGACGGCGUAUGCGGUCAAGCAACUGGUCGACGUCCAGAGCUCGCUGGACAAUGUGGUCGAUGAGGUCAAGCUCACGGCCAAGGUUGCGUCGCAUCCGUGCAUUGUCUCGUACUUUGACGCCGUCUACGAGCCGUCGGCCGACGUCAUGCACAUGGUCCUCGAGUACUGUGGUGACGGAACGCUCAAGGACGAGCUCGACGCAGAAGCAGGCACUGGCGCUGGCAAGUGGGCGCAGGACAAGGUGCUUGUGCACUUGCUGCAGAUCCUGCUUGCGGUCGAGUUUAUGCACGCCAACGGGGUCCUCCACCGCGACCUCAAGUCGGAGAACGUGUUCCUCAUCGACGAUCCGCUCGGCCUCCGGGUCCGCAUCGGUGACUUUGGCCUUGCCGAGCAGGUCCACGCCCCGGGCCUCGACGCGCGCACAAACCUCGAGGGCCAGUCCAAGGCGCAGGGCACGUUUCUCUACAUGGCGCCCGAAGUCAUCACCGGCGAGCACUACUCCAAGGCUGCAGACAUGUGGUCGGUCGGCUGCAUCUUGUACGAGAUGGCCAAUUCGGGCAUCUCGGCCUUUGGCAAUGGGUACAAUGGCUACCGCUCGCUCGUCGACAACAUUGUCAAGGUCGACGUGGCUCCGCUCGACCCGGCGCUCUACCACCCGGCGCUCUCGGACAUUGCGCUCUCGCUGCUUGCUGUCGAGCCAGCCAAGCGCCCGCUCGCCUCUCAGCUCUUGGCCCAUCCCCUCCUCAUCGACGCCUUUGCCCGCCUGUUUCCCGUUCGCGUUCAGGAGACACUCCUGGCUGCUACCCGCCGCAUCGAGGGCACGCCGUCGCCGCUUGCCCUCGCCCGCGCCAAGUCUCGCGUCCACCCGCUCCGUCCUAUCCGCCCGCUCGUCUUCACCCCGGUCCGUCGUCCGCAGUCCCAGCGUGCGCCCGAAACCCGCACCCAGCCUCGGCCUAAGAGCAAGGCCAAGUCCAAGUCCAAGGUCAAGGCCAAGGUCAAGGCCAAGGCCAAGGUCAAGGCCAAGGUCAAGGCCAAGGUCAAGGCCAAGGCCAAGAGCCAGAGCCAGAGCCAGAGCCAGAGCCAGAGCCAGAGCCAGAGCCAGAGCCGGAGCCGACGACAUCAGUCGGCAUCGGCGUCGGGUGACGGUCGCGUUGCGGCGGCAGCUGCGCCUGAAGCCACCAGCCAGAGCUUGAGUCAGAUCAAGAGCCAGAGCCAGAGCCAGAGUCGGGGCCAGAGUCGGGGCCAGAGUCGGGGCCAGAGUCAGAGCCAGAGCCGGAGGCAGCGGACACCGACAGCCGACACCCCGGAUGGAACUCGGCGCAAGCACCGGCACCGCCACCGCGAGCCUACUUCGCCGUCCGGCAGCAGCGAGAAGAAGAAGCGCCGGCAUCACCGCUCGCAUGAUAGCGAGUCGCGCAGCCGCACCUCUCGCAGCCGCACGUCGCGGAGCCGCACUUCGCGGCUAUGGGUGGCACAGCGGGUACCGACGGCAUCGUUUCCCUCAGUCACCGAUGCCAGCGCUCGGGGCGGAGCUCUUGACCCGCUGAAAACGCCACUCCGCUCGGUUGCCGGCCGCUCGAUUGGCAGGGGGGUCGCCAGCUCGCCGGCCACUCCGUACUCGCCGGCCGGGCCGUUCACGCCGACGCCGGCCAAGAUCCGGGCGCGCGAAGCAGCCCAGCGGAUCGAGGCCGAGUAUGAGCCAGGCAAUGGCAAAUGCGACGGCCCUGCGGUGCUGUGCCUCGAUGCGGUGGCGGUCGAUGCCGCGCCGGCGGUCUCCGUGGGUCGGAUGGACGAGACCGUGCCUCCACCGCGUCCGCCCAGCCCACCGCCGCCGCCGGGUGCGGCGUCAUCGACGCCGGACGCAGGCACUCAAGUCGACGAGCCGCAGUUUGAUCAGGGCAUGCUCGCCAGGAUCAAGGCGUACGCGCCACCAAACGCCCCGGGCGCCCCGGAGUUUGGCGACGAGUAUGUGGUGGCGCUCAAGGACACGCUCAAGCGUGGAGGCAUGUUCUACGGCCUCGAGCUUCACGUCGCGCAGGCCGCGGUUCGCGUCUAUGUCCAUCGCGGGCCCAUCUCCGGCCUCGCUGGAGGCAUUGCGGCGCGGACCUGUGUUGCUCCGGGUGUCCACGAGGCGUACUACCCCGCGAGCCUCGGCGAGGCCAAGGCGCUCUACGUCAGGCUCUUCAACGAGUACACAGCUGCGGGCUACCGCAAGAUCGAGCUCCUCUCGGCGGUCAUUGGCUCGGCGGUUGCGGUCGCAGCCUCGGCCGCGCUGUGCUGCACCGCCGACGGGCCGCGGACCUCUUCGCUGCCAGCCGCAACCCAAGCGCUCGUCACUCUCCUCUUUGACGAGGCCACCGAGUGGAUCGAGCGCAACCUCAACGGCGGGCGGGUGACCGCUGCCGGCAUCGAGACGCCGAUGGGCGCGCUCUCGGCGUCGCAGGUCCGCACCGCAGGCAUCGCCCUUGCUGAGCUCUUCUACGCCUUUCUCUCUGGCAUGCCGCAGACGGCGCCACAAGACUACCAGGCACUAGUUUCGAGCUUCUACGACGCGCUCCCCGCCCUCAACCGGGUGACCUUUACCGAGCUCGCGCACUUUGACGGACUUGACGAGCUCCUUGCCGCCAUGGCCGACCUUCUGGUCGUCAACGAGGCAACCGGCGGCGCCAGCAUCUUCUCGCGCGGCGCUGUCGACGCGCAGUUCCGCACGCUACACACACACAUCACGCCGCUGGUGCCGUCAUCGCCACUCUACCGCCAGGUCUCCCAGUCGCUCCUCCGCUCGCAGGUGGCCGGCAAGCAGACGCGCAUCAAGGUCGUCUCGAUGUACAAGAUGGCCCGGCCGGAGGAGUCGGCCGUCUUCCGCUCCGACCUCGGAAACGUGCAGCAGCUCUAUCACGGGUCGCGAGCUGGAAACUUUGUGGGCAUCCUCUCACGCGGCUUGCAGCUGCCGACAGUGGUUGUCAAGCGGUACGGCGGCGAGCGGUACGACGUCGGCCGGCUCGGCGCCGGACUUUAUUUUUCCGACGCCGCCUCGACUGCUAUCGCCUACGCCUCGCCGUCGGCACGGGGCACCCGGUUCAUUGCUGUCUACUCGGUUGCGCUCGGCAAAGUCUACCCAGUCUCAUCCGAGCGGCAAGCAUGGGUCGCGCCGCCGGCCGGCUACCACUCGGUCCGGGCCAAGUCGGUCCUUGCCGAUCCGCGCUCCCAGUUCGAGGACGACGAGUACGUGGUCUACGCCACGGACCAGGUCCGCCUCGACUACCUCGUCGAGGUCACCGCCUACGGUGAGGUGGCGCAGCGCGGGCGCGAGCCACCGGCUCUGCUCUCGGCUGGCUCGCGCGCGCCGCAGCACCCGGACGCGCUGGACUCGGACGGGGACGAGUCGUACGAUUCAUCGGAGGACUCGGACGCGCCGGGCUCUCUCGCCGCGCUACGCUCAGUCAUCAGCGCCCACAGUGAGUACACGCCGAGCAUGGACCCGAAGGAUCCGCACGGCUCCAAGGCCGGGCCAGACCCGGGUCCUGUUGGCCUCCUCGCCAAGAGCGCGUCGGGAGGCGGCGAGUCGCCGGUCCCGCUCGUCGGCGUCCAUGUCCGCGGGCGGAUGGUCGACCUUGUUGGCGAAAUCCUGCUGUUGCAAGAGUACACCAACCCGUCGACGGACACCAUCGAGGCGCGUUACGUCUUUCCUCUCAACGAGGGCUGCGCUGUCUGCGGCUUUGAGGCCUUUAUUAACGGCAAGCACGUUGUCGGCGUAGUCAAGGAGAAGGAGGAGGCCCGCCGCGAGUACCGCAAGGCCGUCGCCGCCGGCCACGGCGCAUACCUCAUGGAGGAGGAGAAGGCCGACUUGUUCACGGUCUCGGUCGGCAAUUUGCCGCCUGGCGCGAGCGUGCUCAUCAAGGUCAAGUACGUGACGGAGCUCGGCAUGGACGGCGACGACAUUGUGUUCUCGCUGCCGGCGCACAUUGCGCCGAGCACCGCAGCCACGGCCGCGCUCUCGCGGGUCCUUCAGUCCAAGACGUCGACGGUGGCUAUGGCCGCCGGCUCGGGUGCUCCGGGUGGCACUCCGAUCACGGUCCAGCUCGCACUCGACAUGCCGUACGCCAUCACUCGGCUCGAGUCGCUCUAUCAUCCGAUUCGGGCACGGCAGACCGAGACCAAGGCCACGGUCGAGCUUGUCGGUCAGCCUGUCGGCAUGGGCGGUGCCGACUUUGUGCUUCUUGUCCGCAUUGAGAAGCCGCAUGAGCCACGGAUGUGGAUCGAGGUCAACGAGGCCGGCCACCGCGCGUGCAUGCUCUCGUUCUAUCCGCAGUUUGAGACUGACCCGCUCGACUCGGCCGAGCUGAUCUUUGUCCUCGACGCGUCGGCGUCGAUGGGGGACGCGGCUGCGCUCGCUGACGCCAAGCACGCGCUCCGAGGCGCGCUGCUCCAGCUUGCGGCUACCAUGGUGGAGCGGGCGGCAGCCGGCCUCGCGUGCCCCACCUUUAAUCUUGUCCGUUUUGGCGACACUGUCGAGCGCGCGUUUGUGGCCCCGGCUCCGGUUUCGGCCACGUCACUCCGCAAGGCUCUCGCCUACCUUGAUUCGCCGGUAUCUGGCGAGGCCAACCUUGGCGGUACCGAUCUCUUUGCCGCCCUUCGCGGCCUCUACGCGCUCACCGACAGCUCGACCGGCCGCGCCGCGCAGCGCAACAUCGUGCUUGUCAGCGACGGCCAGGCCGUGGGCGAAGACGCGCUCGGCGCUCUUGUAGCCGCCAACGCAGGCCACACGAGGCUGUUCACGGUCGGCGUGGGGGCCAAGCCGAACCGACACUUUCUAGCCGCGCUUGCUCGCCGUGGCGGCGGCACCAGCACUCUGGUUGGCUCGCCGUUCCGUGCCACUAUGACCAAGAACGCGCGCCGAAUGGCGCGGCUCGUCGCACGCGCACUACAGCCGGAUAUGCGCAACGUCGAGCUCGAGUGGCGCCAGACAACUGAGACCGAGGAGGGCGCGCUCCAGGCUCCGGCCAAGGUCACCGCCCUCUUCAACGGCGAGCGGCUCAUUGUCUAUGGCUUUGUCGACUACUGCGCUUCUGUCUUUCUCCGCGCAAAGGGUCAAAACGCGUACUUUGAGACAUGGGUCUCGGCCCGCCCGGCCACUACUACCAAGGGCAGCCUGGUCCAUGCCCUCACCGCCCGCGCCAUGGUCCGCGACUACGAAGAGGGCUCGUACUCGGAGAACAAGCUUGUCCACGAGCUUGUCCGCAAGUCCAAGAAGGCCGACAUCAUCGCGCUCUCCUGCAAGUACUCGAUUGUCUCGCCGUACACCUCGUUCAUCGCGGUCGAGGAGCGCGUCGAGGGCGAAGCUGCCGUCGCUGCAAACGCACCCACCAUGGCCGCCCUCGUUGCCGCCCACGCCGUGGACGCCAUCCCUUACGUCGGCUGGAGCGACAUUCCCAUGACAACCGCCCCUCCUUUGACCGAGCUCGCCGACAGCGAGUCGUACGACGAGUGCGGCGAGUGCAGCGAGUAUGACGGGUACGACUGUGACUCGGACUCGGGCUCGGGCUCGGACUCGCUCUUUUCAUCGUCAUCACGCCAGGGCCGUCCUCGCCACAGGCACUCCUCGAUUGCCUCGAUCUCAAGUUCCAGCUCCAGCAGCAUGGCCAGCAGCAUGGCCAACUUGUUUAGCGAUGAUGGCCACGGCUCCAACACCGAGUGCGAGGACAUUGCCGAGGAGGCCGAGGAAGAUAACGACGACGAUUUCAGUGACAACGACGACAACUAUCACAACAGUCGCAGGGUGGAAAGGGUCGACUCGUGGCGCAGGAAAACGUCGAAGAACGCCUCGAGCGCCAUCUCCGGCAAGAAGGGCAGCAAGAACCGGGACAAGGCGGUUGCUAAGCCCAUGCCCAAGCCGGCAGCGGUGCACAUGCUGAAGAAGAAGAAGAAGACGUUUGCCAAGAAGGCGGGUAGGUUUGCGGCUCCCAACUCGCGCGAGAUCGCUAUGCCUACCGAGAUCAAGGGGGCGGCUUCGGCGGCUCCGGUGGCUCCGACUCCGGCCCCAGCGCGGGCACCUGUCGCCCCUAGCAUUGAGGCCCCCCAAAAGAAGAGAAAGAAGGCACCCCAAGCAAAGGCAAUGGCCAAGCCUGCUUCUGUGCCAAUGGCGAACGCCCGCGUGUCGUCUUCAGCGGCGCGCGCGCGUGUUCCCGCCAAGAAGGCUCCGAGGAAGCCGGGCCGCAGCGCCGUGGCCUCGGGCCCGCCACCACCGCCACCAUCCGCCGCUGCGCCAAUGAGCAUGGCCAUGCCUCCGCCGCCGCCACCGGCCGCUGGGCCGAUGGGCGCGGCCUCUGUACCGCUGGCCAUGCCACCGGCCGAGGUGUCGUCGGCAUUUGGUGACGAAAUGCUGGACCUCCUCUCCGAGGCACUUGUGCCACUGCCGGACUCGGAUGACGAUUUUGCUGGUGGCUUUGACUUUGCAUGCGAUUACGAGGACGAGCCGGAGCCAGAAGCUGUGGCCACGUCGUCGAUGUUUGGCAUGAUGGCGUUGCAGCAGGCCCAGGCCGAGGUCCCGUCGCAGCAGUUGAUGCGCCAGGAGCUGUUGGGUUGCCUGAGUAGCACAUCGAGCAGCAUUUCUCCCUCGUCGCUUCUUGACCUUGGCGAUCGUUCCCGCAGCGACAGCUCCCGCAACGGCGCAGGCUUUGGGAGCGGCGGCGGUGGUGGUGGAGGUAGAGGCAGGUCAUCGUUUGGCGGGCGCGGACGCGGGCGCGGCGGGUUCGGCUCGGGCCGGCGCGGGGCCAAGUUUGAUUCGGCCGACUGGCGAGCGGCUGGUCCUCCUCGGGAUGUCAGUGAGAACAACGGCAUGGAGGCAGGGCUCAAGCUUGGUAUCAGGCGUGAGCGCGAGCGUGAACGCGAGCGCAUGAGCGGGCGGGCGCGCGCGCUCAAGUCCGCAGAGAUGGCGUACAGGUCCCAGGAAGAGAGCCGACGAUCGGAGGACACACAUGUGUCGCGGCGCAUGAUCGAGGCCGAGAUCCAUGCGACACGCGCCGCGGCUGCCGCGGCUUCCGCCCUCCCCCAGGCGCUGGGAGGAGACCUGGCCCAGCCGGCGGCGAUACCGGUCCGCUCGGCGUUCGAGCCCACGGUGGCCGAGAAGCGGAUGGCAGCCGAGGCCGCGGCGCUCAAGGCGGCACUGGCGGCAGAGCAGGGCAACACGUUCUACGUCGGGCCCGAAGACGGCCUGCCUGCACUCCCGCUCCCGCCGGUUGUCGAAAGCACCCGGGCCGGCCGUGCCGAUGCCGUGCCUCAGCUCGGCCCGGGCUGGGCGCCGACCGCCGAGGUUGUCGAGUGGAUGGGCCUCACCUCGCUGGUCGACCAGAUUGUCAACGAGCUGGCCACGCUCUUCCUCGCCAAUGGCUACGAUCUGGACGACAUCGAGUCGCUGCUCCCCGCCAUCCGCGCGUGCGUUCUCUCAGCCCGCCCCGACGCCGCGCGCGAGGCUAAGCUCAGCACCCUCGCCGCAGGUCAGUCGCGUCCGCUCACUUGGACCGCCCUCAACAAGAAGUUUGUCGCCCUCGUUUCUGCAGUCAUUGUCGACCGCUACGGAUCCGAGCUGAUGCGCGCCGUCAAGCAGGUGCUCGGCGAGUAGCACACAACCUGUGUGCGCUGUGGUGGCCACGUCAGCCAAGCGAAAAGAAAAAAAAAGUUAUGCAGUA